GUCUUGUACAGCUGGAGCCACAAUGGCGGCUUCGCAGUUUCAGUUUCCUACAGCGUCAUUCCGUUGGUGAACUUUCAGCGCUGUCCCGCCCACUCUGCCACAACGUGUGUUGUAUGUUGAAGCAUGGCUUCGUCUGCAAAGAAGAGGGCAGUAGGUUUGGGUGAAAACCCGGAGGAGAGGGAUAACAGUUCUGAUGAGAAUCUGGAGGAUGAUGAUGACUCCGGGGAGGAGGACAGUGAGGCGUCAGAGGAGGAAAUCAAUGAGGAGGUCAUUGUGGACUUUGAAGCUCACGCUGUUUCACACAAUGACUACAAUGGUAUCAAGAAGCUCUUACAACAGAUUUUCUUAAAGGCUCAUGUAAACACAUCAGAGAUGACAGACAUCAUCAUUCAACAGAGUCAUGUUGGAAGUGUUAUCAAGCAAGCAGAGGUACCAGAAGACAGUGACGAUGACGACCCAGAUGAAGUGUUUGGCUUCAUUACUAUGCUCAACCUCACUGAGAGAAAGGGUGUUCAGUGUGUGGAGGAGGUAAAGGAGUUGAUCAUGGACCAGUGCGAGAAGAACUCAACUCACAGCAUGUCAGAACAGCUGGAGGAGAUCUUCAGUGACACCAGCAAGCCUGUGGGUCUCCUGCUGAGUGAGCGCUUCAUCAACGUGCCUCCACAGAUCGCCCUCCCGCUGCACAAACAGCUCCAAGAUGAAAUCGCUGAAGCUCAGAGGACAAAUAAGCCAAGCGGGAAAUGCCACUACUGUCUGAUGAUCAGCAAAACCUGCAAAGAGACGAGCAAGAGUAUUCCAGCCAGAGGAGCACCCAAAGAAGAGUACAUGUUUGUCAAUGCAGAGGAAGAAUUCUUUUAUGAGCAAGCUAUCCUGAAGUUCCACUACUCGGUCCAAGAAGAGGCAGACUCCUGUUUGAGUGGACGGUGGUCAUUUGAUGACGUUCCCAUGAAACCUUUCAGGACUGUGAUGCUGAUACCUGCAGACAGAAUGCCUGCCAUUAUGGACAAACUCAAAGAAUACCUGACUGUGUGAACCUCACAAUAAACAUAGUCGUCUAUG